AUGCCCCCCCGGCAGUCGCCCUUCCGUGCCCCGGCCACCGGCUCGAGCAGCGCUUUCCGCUCGUCGCUUGAUCUGUCGGACGCGCCGGUCGUGGACAGGCCUGCCGAUGGGUCGCCGUCGGUCCCUCCUCCGAAGCAGCCGGCUGCCCCUGUCACUCUCGCGGGUGCCCCGGCGCACCAGGACCUGGUCAGCCAGCUCCAAAGUGCCGAGGCUCGCUACUCGGCCCUGCUGGUGUCCUCCGAAGAAACCAUCGCCCGGCUGCAGGAGCGCGAUCGCCGAUCUACCGAGGAGAUCCGCCGCUUGGAGGUGCAGAUGGCCAACCAGGCCUCGGCCGAGGCCCGGCGGCUCGGUGAGGAGAUCGCCAAGAAGAAUAAGGCCCUCAAGGACCAGGCCGACUCGAUCGAUCUCCUGGAGCAGGCCAAUCGCACGGCCGCCAGCCAGCUGGCCCUGCUCCAGGCCGAGCAUGAGCAGGUCCAGCGCAAGCUGGAGGACACCAGCCAGGCCUUGUCAUCGGCCCUGCUGCGCGUGGAGCUGGACCCGUACCAGCUGUGCAUCUCGUCCUACGGCAGCAGCCAGGGGCUCUCGCAAACGGAUCUUGCCUGGGCCGAGCGGCACCAGCUCCAUCCGCCGGCGUCGGAAACGGCCGCCGGCUCCUGUCGGGCAUCGUCCUCCCUCCUGCCCGGCGGGGGGCCCGGAUCGUGCGCUUCGGUGAUCGGCGCCCUGGAGCACGAGCUCCGGGCUCGCGAUAUGUCCCUUUCGGAGCAGUCUCUGCGUCUGUCGGAGGCGCAUCUGGCUCUGGGCUGGGCAUCUCCGCCCGCCGGCGGGCCGGGGGAGGAGAUGCUGGAGCUGGCGCUCGAGCAGGUGUCCCAGCUGGAGGCACGCGUUGAUGCGUCCGAGCGACAGGUGGCCACCCAGUACCAGGCUCUGGUGGAGCUGAUGGCCAUGCAUGGCCAAGUUCGCCGGGUGCUGGAGAGGGAGGCCUUCGCCGGUGAUUCGGGCCCCGGGCCAUGGCAUGAGCUGCUGUCCGUGGCCACGCUGCUGGUCCGACGGUCGGACAAGCUUUUCGCCCUGCUGGCGGAGGUGGAGGCCGCGCGCGGCUGCCCAGCCCAGCGGGACUCGGCGAUGGCCGACGGCGAGCCACCCGUCGAGUCUCCUCCGGGGCAGGAGGAGGCCCGCACUUCGAGCCGAGCCGAUGUCCUGGCCUUGGAGAAUCGCUCUCUGCGGAACCAGCUUUCUGACCAUCAUCUCGGAUUGGGGAUCCUGGAGGGGCAAUUGCUCGAGGCCGAGCGGCGGAAGGACGAGCUUGCCAGCGAGCUGAGGCGCUCGGAGGGCCUUCGUGUCGAGUUUGCCGGCAAGCUGGAGGAUGUGCAGCAGCAGCAUGCCGCCCUGACGGAGGAGCUUCACCGGGUCAAGGAGCAGCAUUCACAGGCGCAGCAGCAUCAGCAGGAGCAGCAUGCCCAGAUGGCGAAGCAGCUCGAGCAAUCGGAGCUGCAGUGCUCGGGACUGAUGUCGCGGCUUGACACGUCGGCGCAAGGCGAAGCGGAUUUGGCCGGGCGGGUCGGCCAGCUUGAGGCCGAAUGUGCCGCUUUGCAGCGGCAGCGCCAGAGCCUGGACCAAGAUCUUCAGCAUGCCGAGGGGAGGUACCAGGCUCUCGCGCGGGAGCAUGAUGAUCUUGUCGCGCGGCAUGGCGCCCUCGCCGAUCAGUAUGCGGCCCUGGUCAGCCAACAUGACGAGCUCACCCAGACACAUACGGAGCUCACCCAGACACACGAGGAGCUCACCCAGACACACGAGGAGCUCAGCAAGGCACACGCGGAGCUCAGCAAGGCACACGAGGAGCUCAGCAAGACACACGAGGAGCUCAGCAAGACACACGCGGAGCUCACUGAGCGCCAUGCCAACCUGUUCCAACAGCAUGCGGCGCAGGCCGAGCAGCACACCAGCCUCGCCAGCCAGCAUGAGAGCCUCUCCAGCCAGCACGGGAGCCUUGUCAGCCAGCAUGCGAGCCUCUCCGAUCAGCAUGCGGCGCUCCUUGAGCAGCACCAGGCCCUGGUCCAGGAACACCAGCAGGCCGAUGCGCUAAUUGGCCAGCUCAAGCAGCAGCAGCAGCACCUGCUCGACUCGCUUCCCGAGGUGAUGACCUUCCUGGCGCACAUGGAAACCACCUCCAGCCUGGACGAUGAGGCGGCCGACCCGUCGGCUGGCUCGCUGCGCCAGCCCUUUUCGGCCCUGUUGUUGAAUGCCGGCGGGGCGUCUUCCCGAUCGGCGUCGGAUGCCGCCUCUCGGGAGCAGCAUGCCGCUGCGGCGGCGGCGGCGGCGGCCGAGGAGGAUGCGGCUCGAGCACGGGCGGCCCUCGACCGAGCGGAUCGCCAGCUCCGUGCCCUGGCCCGGCGACUAGACCAGCUUACCGCCGCCGAGUUGGCGGCCAUGGACCUGGUGGAGGCCCUGCACCAGGAGUCUGACAGCCUGUUCAAGCGCCUGGCCAAGGCCGAGGCGGGGCUGGGCGCGGCGCGGGCCGAGCAUGCCAGCGAGGUGGCCCUGCUCCGGGGCGUGUACACCGAGCAGGUGAACAGUGCGCAGGACUUGGCCACCGGGCGGGCCAAGCAGCUGGCCGCCCUGGAGGAGCGCAUCGCCGAGCUGGAGCAGAGCUUCCGCCAAUGCCAGGCGGAGCUCGGCCGUGAGGCGGCCUUGCGGGCCUCCAGCCAGGCGGAGCUCCAGGCCACGCGAGACGAGGCGGCCGGUCUCGCGGCGGCUGCCUGUGCGGCGGCGAACUCGCGGGCCGCCGCGGCCGAGGCAGCCCUCCAGGCACACCAGGCACAGGCGGAUGCCAUGCGUGCCAGUGGUGACCGCGCCCUGGCGGACCUCCGCCGGGAGCUGGCCGCGGAGCGCGAGCACCGUACCCGGCUCGAGGAGCGAGCCGCCGCCCUCGGGCGAUCGGCGUCCGUUCCACACGCCGCCGGGGCGGGCGGAUCCGCCGGGCCGCCUGCGGGGCCCACCGGCUCUGUGCCGGAUCUGGCCGCGCGCUUUGCCACCUCCGAAGACCAGAACCGCAAGCUGCGCCUGUUGAUCGUGUCCCUGCGCAAGGAAAUGUCCCGGACCCAGGCGGAGCUUCAUCGGCUGCAGGGCGCCGGGGCGCCGGAUGGCCCGGCCGACCGGCAGCUCAAGCGCCCGCUGGGUACCGACCACCUGGAGGCCGCCGGCGUCGAUCGGCCAAGCCUCCCGCCCGCCCUGCGCCGGGAUGCCUCCCUGCCGGCCUCCGAUCCCGGGGGCGCUCCUCCCUGAGUCGCACCAUCCCCCCCCCCCCCCUUCCCGGAGAA